AAAGAGAGAUAGAAAGAGAAAAAGAAAGAAGAUGGGAAGGGGGAAAGUUGAACUCAAGAGAAUAGAGAACAAAAUCAAUAGGCAGGUCACAUUUGCCAAGAGAAGAAAUGGGCUGCUCAAGAAGGCUUAUGAACUCUCUGUCCUCUGUGAUGCUGAGGUUGCGCUUAUCAUCUUCUCCAAUCGUGGCAAGCUCUAUGAGUUCAGCAGUGGCUCCAGCAUGAUGAACACACUGGAGAAGUACCAGAAGAACAGCUAUGGUGCACUAGAGUCAAGCCAGCAAAUGAAUCACACUCAGCAGAGUAGCUACCAGGAAUACUUGAGACUUAAAGCAAGGGUUGAAGUCCUGCAACGUUCACAGAGGAACCUUCUUGGGGAAGAUCUGGCCCAAAUGAAUACAAAGGAACUAGAACAGCUUGAGAAUCAAGUUGAGGCAGCACUGAAGAACAUCAGGUCCACAAAGACUCAGUAUAUGCUCGACCAGCUUGCGGAUCUUCAGAACCGGGAGAAAGUGCUGGAGGAAACUAACAGAGCUUUGAGGAGUAAGUUAGUAGAAGGAAGCGAGUCGCAAGUUCCUCUCAGAAUGGGUUGGGAAGGUGCAGGAGGGUCUGAGACGAUCCAUUGCACUCGCUUUUCUGCUCAAUCUGAAGCAUUUUUUCAGCCUUUGGGAGUCAAUCCCAAUUUGCAAAUCGGAUAUAAUCAGGUGGGAGGAGAGGAUGUACAUGUUGGAUGCGCAGCAUUGAAUCUUCAUGGAUUCGUGCCUGGGUGGAUGCUUUAAUUUGGGCAAACUCACUAACGACAACGGUGAAUGGAUGCUCCGUCUGGGUUGGUUUUGAAUAUGCACCUCUCCGUGGCUGGUCAAAAAAAAAAAAAGAAAUAUGCACCUGUGCAUUUACCGUUUGUAGAAUAUGAAUAAGUUUGUAAUUUCAAUUUUAUGUGUUUCUAGUUAUUGUAUCCGCCAAAUCAAUCAAGGUGUGCCACCUUCACCAGAAGACUUUCGUAAUUUAAUUAUUAGUUCAACUUAGGCCCUUAUGUUUGCAUGAAGUGUAGUCUAUGUAUGCUUUCAACUUAUGUAUAUGUAUAUAUAAA